UGUGUUAUCGAUAAAAAUAAAAGAGUAAAAACUGCUUAAAUUUGUUUACCUGAACAAAAUGAUCAUAAAAAGUUUAAUUUUAGCUUUAUUAGUAAGUUUUGGACGAGAAGCAGCUACAGAAGAUGAGGGUCUGUGUAGCCCCGACCAGAAAUCCUGCAUCCAAAGUGAAUCCGUUGACGAAAACAAGGAUGAAUUUAGCUUUCAGAUCCGCCGGCAGAUCGAUAAGGCCAUGGCCGGGUAUAAGCCCUGCAGCAGCGAUGCAGAGGAUGCCAGUUGCACCUGCCACACGGCUGUCCUGAAGCGGGAUCUGGCACCCUACAAGUCAACAGGUGUCACCCGGCAAAUGAUCGAAAGUUCGACGAAGUACGGCACCAAAUACAAGGUGUAUGGGCAUCGCUUGUACCGUGAUCCGAGCUGCAUGUUUCCUGCCCGCUGCCAGGGCAUCGAGCACUUCCUCCUGCCGCUGGUGGCGACGCUACCCAACAUGGACUUGGUGAUAAACACUAGGGAUUACCCGCAACUGAACUCCGCCUGGGGCAACAGUGCCAGAGGUCCAGUGUUCUCGUUUUCCAAGACGAAGGACUACCGCGACAUCAUGUAUCCAGCGUGGACCUUCUGGGCCGGAGGACCGGCGACCAAGCUGCAUCCCCGGGGCAUUGGACGCUGGGAUCAGAUGCGCGAUAAGCUAGAAAAGCGAGCAGCUGCGAUUCCCUGGUCACAGAAGCGGGAACUCGGCUUCUUUCGUGGCUCACGCACCUCGGAUGAGCGAGAUUCCCUUAUCCUCCUCUCACGGCGAAGUCCGGAACUGGUAGAAGCUCAAUACACCAAAAACCAGGGCUGGAAAUCACCCAAGGACACACUAGAUGCGCCGGCAGCCGACGAGGUGUCCUUUGAGGAUCACUGCAAGUACAAGUACUUGUUCAAUUUCCGCGGAGUGGCUGCCAGUUUCCGGCUUAAGCACUUGUUCCUCUGCAAGUCGCUAGUCUUCCACGUGGGCGAUGAGUGGCAGGAGUUUUUCUACGAUCAACUGAAGCCAUGGGUUCACUACGUCCCGCUUAAGAGCUACCCUAGCCAGCAGGAAUACGAGGAAAUUCUUUUGUUCUUCAAGAGAAACGAUGCCCUGGCGCAGGAAAUCGCUCAGCGAGGAUACGACUUCAUCUGGCAGCAUCUACGCAUGAAGGACAUCAAGUGCUACUGGCGAAAGCUGCUCAAGAGCUAUGUAAAGCUGCUCAACUAUGAGGUGCAGCCAGAAGAUCACCUAAUCCAUAUUGGAAACGGCAAGGAUGAACUGUAACAGAUUCACAAAGUUUGAGGUCCGUUUUGUGAUUCCACUAAUUUAUUACCAGCAUUCCGAUAAUCAAACAUUUUUAUCAGCUCAGAAUCUCCCAUAAACAAACACUCAUUAUUAAACAAUGGCCUAUAAUUCGUAAAUUAUGGAAUAAGUAAGGUUACAAUGAAGUAUUUUAGAGGUUGUUACCUUUAGAAAACAGACAUUUGUAUUAUGACUCAAAGUUCUAUUAAAAGUAUUUGGAAAAACA